GUUUGUGCGUGUGUGACUGUGUUGUUAAGCAAAAGGAGAUCCCACCAUCAAACCCUCUCCAUAUCUCUCCAUAUAUUCCUCUCAGUCGACACUCAACAAAAGAAACAAAGAUGGUUGCGGCAGAGAAGCCCGAAAAGUACCCGACAGUGCAAGAGGUACUGGAGGAGCUAAAGAGAAUGACCGACAUAGGCUUCCCCGUAGCCGCCACGAGCAUUCUGGGAUACCUCAAAAACAUGGUCUUGGUCGUGUGCAUGGGGAGGCUGGGAAGCCUAGAGCUCGCCGGCGGUGCUUUAGCCAUUGGGUUCACUAACAUCACCGGCUACUCCGUCUUGUCCGGGCUAGCCAUGGGCAUGGAGCCGCUCUGCAGCCAAGCCUUUGGCUCACGAAACUUCUCCAUGCUUUCUCUCACUCUACAAAGAACAAUUAUCAUGCUACUUCUCGCCUCAUUCUCCAUCGCCCUUCUAUGGAUUAACCUCGAACCCCUCAUGCUUUCCCUCCACCAAAACCCAGAUAUUACACGUGUCGCCAGCCUGUACUGCCGUUUUGCCAUCCCGGAUCUCUUCGCCAACAGCCUCCUUCACCCUCUUCGCAUCUAUCUGCGUAGUAAAGGCACCACGUGGCCGCUGAUGUGGUCGAAUUUGUUAGCAAUUAUUCUACACAUCCCCAUCACCAUCUUCUUAGCCUUCAAUCUCCGUCUUGGGGUCCAAGGAAUAGCAAUUUCCACUUUCAUAACCAACUUCAACACCCUCUUCUUCCUAGCCGGUUACAUUUUGUACACCGCCCGCGCCGCCACCACGGAGGACGAUCAAGAGACUCUUUACAUGCCGCUCUCGUCUUCCCCGGGCAGUGAGGAAUGGGCGAAGCUGCUCGGCCUCGCCAUCCCGAGCUGCCUUGGCGUCUGCCUAGAGUGGUGGUGGUACGAGUUCAUGACCAUCCUAGCCGGCUACCUCCACAACCCUCGCGUGGCGCUUGCCGCGUCAGCCAUAGUAAUACAGACGACCUCCCUCAUGUACACAUUGCCCACAGCGCUGAGCGCGUCGGUGUCGACACGGGUGGGGAACGAGCUAGGGGCACGCCGGCCAGAAAGGGCGCGUUUGGCGACAAUGGUGGCAAUAGGGUUGGCGCUGGUGAGCUCGGUGGUGGGGUUGGUGUGGACGACGGUGGGGAGAGAGCCGUGGGGAAAAGUGUUCACCAAGGAUGGGGAGGUUCUGGAGCUGACGAUGAGGGUGCUGCCGAUAAUUGGAGCAUGCGAGUUAGCAAAUUGCCCGCAAACGACAAGUUGUGGGAUUCUGAGAGGAAGCGCUAGGCCAGGGGUAGGGGCGGGGAUAAACUUUUACGCGUUUUAUUUGGUGGGUGCACCGGUGGCCGUGGUUUUAGGCUUUGUAUGGAAGCUAGGGUUUGUGGGUCUGUGUUAUGGGCUUUUAGCAGCUCAGAUUGCAUGUGCGGUCUCCAUCUUAGCAGUGGUGUACAAGACAGAUUGGGAAAGAGAAUCUCUAAAAGCCAAAGACUUGGUGGGAAAGAAUCAGGCAUUUUCGCAGCUACCGAACCAAACGCCACUCAAAUGUUGUGAAGUAGAUUUGGAAAAGUGAAAAAUUAUACUUAUGAUUUUGACACUACGA